AAUGGGCGUAAAUCCAUGCCCCUACCCAGAAAGCAUGAGAAAGCAUGUUCAGAUUUUCUCCACGAAUUUACUUCUAUAAUAGGCAAAUUACUUAUAUUUUUAGGUCCAGAAGACAGUCUAUUUUAUUCACUAGAGUAGGUAACAAAUAGAAGUGUACGUUUAUUAUCAUGGCGUGUGCAGUUGACGCACAGAAUUUGAUCUCUAUUUCUUUGCGGAAAAUGCAUAACUCCAGAACGCAGAGAGGAGGUAUCAAGCUCCACAAGAACUUGCUGGUCACAUAUGUCCUGAAAAACGCUAGAGAUUUUUACUUGAGCAUGGAGUUUGCAGAAAUUUAUAGCUGCCUACAGCAGAACGGAGAGAUGAGGACUGUCUGUGAUGAAAAGCAGGACUCUUUUGAAAUGACCGGGAACUGUGAGGAUCUAGCUGGUGAGUUUUGCUGCAACUACACAGGGGAUGUGUUGGACACUUACCACUGCGCAGCGCCACAAUCGGCUUGCCACCCAGCAAUGGUGCCCGAUGCGCACAUCCAAACGGCACCUGCCUGUUUCAUGGCUCCUGUCUAUCAAUGUGACCCUAACCUCAAGUCCUCGGGGGUCUGCUGGGACUGUUAUGCGGAACCUUACACAGCCAACCAGGACAUUCCUGUCUCAAACACACACAACCAAAAGACUGUAUUGGACUUGGACACACAUGUGGUGACUACUGUCGAGAAUGGAUAUCUCCCCCCAGACUACUGCGUGUCAUUAAAACAACAUGGUCAGGGCCCGCAAAGUUCUCAUAAGAAACGAAAAAUGGAUUCAAGUGAUGCUUCUGAUUCCGAUUAUCUGUCAGACUUUGUGCCCAUGUCAUGCAAACGCAUUAGAUCUGAUGACGUUUCUUGUUGUAAUUCUGAACAACUGGACACACCGAACAUCUCCAACCUCAUGUCAGUGUUAGGCUCGGGGUUUACUGAGCUGUUGAACUGGCAAACGGACGUGGAACAGGUAGUAAACGGACAAACAAACUGUUGUAAACAAGCACUGGCGGGCAGCGGUGCAUGGACUAGAGCAAUUGAGGCUUUUUGAUUGACACACUUUACAUUUUUCUACAAACCAUUGGUGGUCUCAAAAAAAAUACAUAAUUGAUAUACUUAACACUGUUCUGCUCUUUUUCAAUUUAAAAGCUGUUGAGCUCAAUUUAAAUUGUACUUUGGGGAGAGGGCUCGCGCAAUAUGUGCGAUGACCUAUGCUAACCAUGGAUUGCUGAUGCUAUGUAUGCCUAUUGGCCAUUUAGAGGCUAUGAAGCCACGGGCCGGCCAUAUUGGCAUUCCCCAGUACGUGCAGUCCUUGGUAGCAAUGAAUGGAAUUUCACAGCAUUUCAUUUAAAUGUUUCAAGGGAACAAUUAAAUGUAUGUAAGUAUUUGUGUCGUUUUAUUGGGGACAGUAACAUUAGUAAUGUCCAAAAAAAUAUACUUUAAGGAUUUAAAAAAAACAUCUUUUUUACAUUUUGAAUGUGUAUCUUACAUUAAGGUGUCUGUAAUAAAAUACAUGUAGCAAUCGAAUGUGGGCAAAAAAUGCAUUUAUAUAGCUUCCAAAAUGUUUUUCUUUACACUGGUGGGGGAGUGCCAAGAUGGAGGCACAGUGGCUUCAACACAGCGCAUCCAAAAUGUUUUCUAGUGUGUAUAUGUAAUUCAUUGGAUAUAGUGUUUUCUCCUGCACCAAGUUGUUGCCUUCAUGUGCCUUGCAUGCCUUGCUCAAAUGUGUGAUGCAGAACCAGCUCCACCAUGCGGUGAUGGAAAAGAACUACACCAAUUUAUUGCCAAAUACAUUUUGAUAACUCCCGUGAAAUUAUAAGAAAAUUAGCAGGUGUGUUAUGCAUUUCAUAGACCAGUAUAGGCUGUUUUAAUUAGGCCUGUAGACCAAGUACAUUUAUUGUGUAAUGAUGUCUUACACUAUUUCUGUGCCAUCAUACUUAAUUAUGGCACUCUACAAAGCAAGGGACUAUAAUUUUUUUGUAACUGAAGAAUACAUUUAUUUGCAUAUUUCCGUUAAGGAACGCCUACUCUGUUUAGUGCGCGUGUGUAAUAACUCAAUUCGCCUUUGCGCUCUUUCUAAACAACGCCAUUUUUAGAAACGUUGGCAAAGGGUAAAGUCUACAAAAAGCAGUCUAUCUUGUUUUAUUUUUUUAAGAGAGAUUUUAAUUUAGGUAACAAACUGUAUGGAGAUGAAAUGUUUCAUCGAUGAGAAAAAUGUGCAGAACUUCGGCCAAAUCCAUCUCGCUUCAUCUUCUCCCACUUGGCUUCCUCUCAUCACCAUAUUUGGUAGUGAGUGGAAAACGCCAGCCGGAUGCUUCACAUUUAUCUGUGCCUUCUCCUUUAAUGAGGGGUACGGACCUCCCAAGGAUUCCAGAUAGCGAAGGCAGAUUGAAAAAGGCAACAAUUUAGCCCUCUCCAAGGAUGUAUUCAUUAAGGAAACCUUUUGCCGUUUAACAACGGAAACGGGGAGGGACCUACUUGAAUUUGUCCAAUAGAAACUAUCGUUUACGCUUUCCUUUUGGAGUAGACUGUUUCUGUUGCAAAAUCAGACGAAACGUUUUGCAACAGAAUUGGAGUAAUGAUUACAACCCAGCUCUAGCCAUAGGUUCGAUUUAAGGACGGGGGCUGCGGAGAACACCGAUACUUUUGAGUAACAAACGCCAUGCGUAGGCUACGUCCUUGAGGAAUUAAAUGACAGUUCGAGGUGUUUAAA